AAAUUUGUCACCCUAACUAAUUUCUCUCUCUGACCUCUGCCCAUUAUCUCUCUCUCUAACUCCGAAUCUUUUUGUGAGAAGGAGAGGGAGAGAGAGAGGUCGCAACUCGCAAAAGGACAAUAUUUAUUUUAAAAUUAUUUUGUUUGUGUGUGUUUGCGUGAGAGAGAAAAAUGGGUGGAUGUACGUCGAGACAUGAGGUGCUGAAGAACGCCGGCGAGGCUCCGUUGCCAGCUCCGGCGAACGACCACCACGCUGAGGUGCCGCCGGCGGCCGUGCGGGAAGAAGAGGAUGAAGCUAAGCGUCAGUCACUUGGCAAAUUAUUCAACGAGCAAGUUCAACAACAAGACGUUAAGCCGCAAGAAUCCCCCGUCAAUCAAGUUGUCGAGAAACAAAAGAUAGAAGCCUCUAAAACUGAAGCUUCCGCAAUCGAGAACAAAGAAGAAUCUAAAAGCGAAGCUCCCGAACCCGAGAACAAAGAAAUAGCUAAAUCCGAUUCUCCCAAAACCGAGGACAAAGAAGUAGCUAAAACCGAAGCUCCCGAAGAAAAAGAAAGCAAUGCUGCUAAAACAGAAGAAGCUCAAGAAGGAAACGGCUCACUAUCUGUUGAGAAAGAAAACAAAGAAGAAUCUAAAACCGAAGCACUCCAAGAAACAGAGAACAAGGCUGCUAAAACAGAAGCUCAAGAGAAAAAUGCGUCACAGUCAGCCGAAGAAAAGCCCGUUGAGGAGAGCACAAAGCCCGAAACAACAUCUUUAGAGAAAGCUGAGGAGAAGAAAACAGAAGAGGACAAAUCCGAGACGGGCUCAACCGAAGCUAAGACGACCGAUGAGAAGAAGCCUUUGUUUAAAUUAUGGUUUUAA